AUGUCACGCGCCCGGUUUGUAGGCAACCAAUCAGAUGUGGCCGUAGCGGAGUUUGAAUCGUUUGUUUGGAACAGACGGCAGAUGACGGUUGAAGUUGCGCGAAUGUGGAGGUUAACGGCUGAGCCUGGAGCCGUGCAGGUUGUACGGUCGGGUCUGUGGUGUAAGUUUCUUGUUUCUCCCCCUGCUACCACCCAAAUGGCGUCGGGCGUGGCUUACUGUGUAUGCUGUAGGUGCGACUCGCUUAACAAGCCCUCAGCAGACCGAUCGCCGCAGAUUAAGAAAGAAGAUGGCUUUGAAAAACAUCAAAAGGUCUCUUUCCAAGAAAAUCUGGAAGCUAUCAAGGAACGCAUGAAAGAGAAACGGAAUCAGGCUCAGGCUAAAAUCAGCAGGGCAAAGCAAACUUUGAAUUCUAAAAAUAAGAGCUCUUUUCAUCAAAGUAUCCAAGCAAAUAAUCAAAGCCUAGCUUUGUCUCUAGAAGCAGAAAAGCGGAAACUGAGAGUUGCAUCCGAUAUCAUAUUGUCCUUGAAACGAGAACGGCAAGCAAUGAUGUUUCUACAUCUCAUACUAAAAAAACAGCUUGAAAGUCUUUUGUUACAGAAUUUGAGGUUGAUUCCUGAUUCUAUAGGUGAAGAUCCAAGCAUCUUGGAAGAAGAUUUGCUGCGUAGCUUACCAGAUUGUUCCUCGCCCAUUGAACCCUUUGUUCAAGGUGUUCCCUUGGAAAACUCCAAAGCUGAUUGCAUCACGUGUGUAGAGAGUAUAAAUGAACCAUCCAUUUUGGUGAACACUCAGCCUGCAUCAAUAAAGUUAUCAAGUGGGAGAAGAUCUACGUAUAAUCAAAGUCCAGACUCUGACAGCAAUGCAGUAGCUCCAUUGGAUGAUGCAUCUUUUAAAGGAUUCGAUGUGUUGCAAAGGGGGUUUCAGUUAGGAGGCGAUCUGGAAGAAAAAAACCCUCUUUCUCUGGUCAUGUUGGUGCUUUGGACUUUAUUCAAACUUCUGAAAAUUAUCCAGAAAUUAUCUUGGGCAAAUGAAGAACAAGAGUUUGACAUUAAUUACCAAGUCCAUGAAAAUGUGUCCGAUUCCCUGGAUUCUAAUCAUGGAAUUGUUGCGGGAGGUGCUGAGCUGGGUCAGUUGCAAACAACAAACAGCAUUGAUCCUGAAAAAGUUAAAACUAUGUUCGGAAACAACACAGGGAACAUGGAAAUUAUAAAUUCAAGAAGUGUACAGAAGGUAAAGCCUAAAUCAGAAAAGGGGGAGGAUGUUCAAUUGGAAAUAGAGCAAAAGGUUAGAGAUGGAAAAAUAAAGGACGGAAAUAAACCUAUGCCAGUUAAGAAACACUGGGAGGCUGCAAGACCCAGAACCAGAUCAAAGAGCAGAGAUCAAAGUCAAAGCAAAAGUUGCAUUUCCAAAGAGAGAAAAAAUUUCUGAACAGUGGAUACCUAUAAUUUUGAUUAUGAAGAAAGUAUUCAUCUUACACCUUUCCGUAGGAAAGAUGAAUCAGUUGCAGUUGGGAAUAUAGACAAUACCAAAAGCAGUGUUGAUAUAGAGAGUUAUUCAGAAGAUGAUUUGGAUGAUAGUCUUUAUGUCCCCCCUGCUGAUAAAAGACGUAGAAGAUCGAAUUAUCGAAAUAAAAGUGAGGGGCCAAGAGUUUUAACCACCAGAUCCAGAUCAAGCAGAACGGCAGUAACUCUCCAAAAAGGGGCACACAAAGAUCGUGAAAUUACUGAAGAAGGGGAGAUCGUUCAAAAUGAAUUGUCAAAGACACCAGGCAAUGUAGCAACCAAUGAAUGUAAAGGUUCCAAAAUGGCUGGAAAGGAUGAGCAGUUGCAUUUUGAGUUGGACAGUGAGCCAGGAAACAGUUCUGUCAAACCUGAAAACAUGAAAAAUUUUCAAAAUUCUGAAGGAAGCAGUAUUGUUGAAAAUUUCAGACCUGUACUGAAGAAAUGCUUGUUACUGGAACAACAAGAGAGAGGCUUUGGACCUCGCUUCAGUUUGAGCGAUGUCACCAAUUGUUCAUCACUACCUGGUGUGAACAAGGAAAAGAAAAUAUCCUGCCCUGGCUUUUUAGAAAAGAUGAACAAGAUUUCUCCUAUAGCUGUCCAUAAACGAAGAUGUACCAUGACUGUAAAUUACAAGGAACCCAAUCUCAAUUUGAAGUUGCGAAGAGGAGACAGAUACACUGACACCCAAUUUUUGAAUUCACCAAUAUUCAAACAGAAAAAGACUGGAUCUAGACGUAAAUCUGGGAAAAAGCAAUCUCCAUGUAGUAGAUACAACGAAGCUUUUGUUGGCUGCCGAUAAUUUCCACUAAAUAUGAACUGCGUGAGAUCAUGAUAAAUUUAGAUUUGUCAUUUACUGUAUGAAUUAAUUUUGUUUUUUAAUUUCAGACUUGUUAAAAUUGCUAACUUCCAAUGUAUUUUAGGUGCUCAAGAGAAUCUUUUGUUUACAUCUCCACAAUAACAUUUAACCAUUGUUAAUUUGUGAUGCCUAAUGUCUUUAUCAGACUGCUCAGACCAUGCAGUUAAAACAGGAUCAUAAAUGACCCUCUUGAAGAUGUAUUAGUUACAUUUAGAAUUCUCUUGAGCAUCAUUAAUAGCUUGUGAAAUAUUUGAA